AUAGCGUUUGCGAGAUCUCGAAUUCCUCACCUUCGUGAUCAAUCGUGCUUCCCAACAUGCGUCAUUUCACGAUCCGGCUGUUGGCCCUCUGCGGCUUGGCGACUGCCGCAAACUGCGAGGACCGGCGAUACUCGACAUGGAUGCUCGACAGCAUUAAGACGCGAAAGCAGGGCAUCAUCUCGUCCGGUGAAUCAAGCAGCUUCCUGGAAACGGGCAUUCUCUCCAUCGCCAUGGAGGCUGCACUCAAGCAGUACCCGGACCUCAAGGACCAAUAUGUGCCUUACUUGGAGGAAGUUCUCAACGAGGGGACUCCCAACUUGGUUAAUGCAACUUACGUCGCAACCCGACCCCUAGACCGUUUCUCAGUAGCGAACGCUAUCAACGCCAUUUUCAAGUCGGGAAUCGCGACGAUUUCGGACACGGCGUCGGCAGCAUCGAAAGCGAUCAACGAAUCUCUGUCGCUUCAAAUUCGCAACCCCGUUGGAGGCUUCUGGUACUACGUCUACCCUCAAUGGAGUUACCUGGACGGCAUGUUCUCAGUGCUGCCAUUCAUGGCUGCGCAGCCCCAGCCCAACUAUACCGAUAUCAGCUUGCAGGUUUCACUGCUCUACGAGCACUGCUUCCAAAAGAACACCUCCUUGGUCGCCCACGGAUACGACUACUCAAAGACUUCCGUUUGGGCAAACAAAGAGACAGGUGCGAGCCCGUAUGUAUGGGGCCGCGCCGUGGGCUGGUUUGUAGCAGGUUUAGUCCAGACGUGGGAGGCCCUCGACUGUCCCGCCGACAAGCACGAGGCCAAAGCCUUGUGCAAGCAACUGCAACACAUGACGACUCAAUUGGCUACGUCUCUCGUCCGCUACGCCGACCCUGAGACCGGAGUUUGGUGGCAAUUGACGACGUUCCCUGGACGCAGCGGCAACUACCUCGAGAGUUCCAGCACGGCCUUGUUCAUGUUCUCGAUGCUCAAGGGCGAGAGACUUGGGCUUCUGUCGAACUCGAAGGUGGACUUCAAGAAGGCAGCUUUGAAGGCUUACGACUACACCACCCGAAACUUUGUUGUCGACACUGGAAACGGUACGAUCGGAUACAACAAGACCGUCGCUGUGUGCAGUCUCAACUCUACAGCAUCUUACGAAUACUACACUCAUCAGCCGCUUUUGCCUAAUAGUCUUCUCGGAGAAUCAGCCUUCGUCCUGGCAUCUCUCGAGGUAGAGAGGAAGUAGGGCAAUAAGACCAUGUUGCUGCACUGCCAGAUAAUCAAUGUAACCACAUUCUACACCUCUAAUCGAAGUCAUUUUGCAACAUCGUUAAGCAAAUGUGAUGUGGUUGCACGUCAUGCUGCAUGCAAGCAGCUCAAAAUAAAUGUCCUUUACGGCACAGCAUUGAACUACUCGUUCAACCAUGAGUCGAUUACCUCAAUACAGCGGCCUGAAUGCCAGAUCCGAGUAUUUUGUGUGCCUAGCUAGUCUUGUGAGAGGCCAAGAGUCUCAGGGUACACAUCUCAACCAGAACCGUGACAUGCAGGGGCUUGAUAUCUUGCGCGCAAGGAAUUGGCUGGAGAUGGUGUAUCUGCCUAGCUUACGAGAGCCAUUUUGAGAAUAGUGCUUAGCGUACAUGCAAGUAUCGACGCAAUGCAUCACACGUCAGCCCGA